UAAGUCGUUUGAUGGGCGAGUAUGAGGAUGCUGUGCAGAGGGCCCGGAGACUGUCUGUAUCAAGGGAGCGAGUUUUGACAGGCAGUGGAAAUCCCAUCAAUGCUGUCACUCCGGAAGACAUAGUUAUCUACCUGCAGUGGCUGGUGUGUCACCUCCACUCACUCAAGACCAUUCACAGUUACCUCCAGGUGCUGCAGUAUGUGCCUGUGUCUGAGAGGGAGAAGGAUACACAGAGGGGGGUUGUUCCCGUAGACACAGCCAGCCUCCGUGAUCCCAUGUCGUCUUUCUCAAGACUGUCAGCACGGCCAAACACAGCUCAGUCUAGGCACUGCACCUCUGCAGGGAAAUCUCCAUCUCCCCCGUCAUAUCCCAAUGGGUCUCUCUUGAUGUCUUUCGUUAGUAUGCCUGCUACUGGAACAAGUUCAGAAGGAUUUUUCAGUGAGCACAUGGAGCUCCCCACCCACAGAAAAAGAUUGGAAGAGUUUGAAUCACAGCUUCAGCAAAUGAUAUCCCACUUCAACAUUGACUACAACACAAAGGACAUCAAAAACACUGCAAAUGAGAUGGAAUUGUUUUCAAUGGUCUCCCGUGAAUUCCGGACUGUAUUCAAAAUGCAAGAGACAAUGAAGACUUUUCCAGUGUACAAUUCCACAGAUACAGGAACAGAGCAUUGGGGAAAGAAGAAGCCAAGCAUGGCUCUGAAGAAGGAGGCCACCUGGAUUCCAUUCAUUCGGGUUAAACCCAAACAAGAUCCAUGGCAACAAAAACAGGCUGCAAAACUAAAGCAACACAGAUCUCUUGAUGAGCUCCUCAGAAUGCAUUGCAGAUUUUUACAGGUUUCAGAUCCAAACCGGGUCAUGGACUCCCUAAAGGAACACGCAGCCUGUAUUUCUGAUCCAGAGCCAAUACAACCCAUCUCAGUGACAUCACAUCCAUUUGGACAAAAUACCGAUCAAAUAUGGGAGAGGAUAUAUAGCACCUCGAAUUUGUUUCAGGAGUCAAACCCUGAAGAAAACAGUUCAUCUACAGAUGGUAGGGAAUUGGAGAAACCGAAUCUGAACAAAAGACCUGGCUCUCACAAGAAGAAAAAUGAGAACUAUAGCUACAUGGAGACCAUGCAGCUGCUAGGGCUGGAUGAUGGCCAGGAGGAAAGUGGUAAAGACCCAGUCAUGAUAAGGGGAGCAUACCUGUCCUUCCUCUACCUGCGCCACCUGAGGAUCAGAGAGCUACAGCGCAUGUGCCUGGGGGUCCUGAACUACAUGCGCUCUGUGGAGAGGACCUUAGCCUUUGACACAGCAGGCCUCAGCCUGGAUGGGGAGAAGCUGAGCAGCAGUGCGGAGGAAUCAAGCUGGAUGAGUGCUGCCAGAGGGGGUAUUGGCUCCCCAGAUAGACUGGGCAGUCACUACUGCGCCCACAGCAGUCCUGCUGACUACAAGGUACACUGUGCACAGUUCAUGGAGUUUACAGACGUUGAAAAUUACAAUGAUUUCUACAGCACAGAAGAUGACUCCAUUCACACACAGGACCACCGGGGGUUGUAUGUAAUGUACGAUGUGGCUCUGAAAGACCUGAAUGAACUGGAGAACACACUGCUCCUUGUGGCUUCUCACUACAUUGGGAAAGACAGAGGGAGGCCCCAGUCUGCAGGAACAGACCUACGGUGCUUGGCACGGGUGGAUGUGGAUCGCUUUGAAGUCUUGCUUGACCUGUGGACGUGUGAAGCGACCUUUCUGAAAAGCAAACAGCAGCUUCUUGACUGCUAUUUUGAGGCCUACCAGCACGUGAUGGAGGCUGGAGAGCGGUUUGCAGUGGCCCAGGUUAUAACAGACAUCUUGCACCAGCAGCCACGGCUUGAUCUGGAGGGUGAAUACUUCGUCUCUUCCUACAAGGAGGAGCUUAUCUGCCUGCAGAGCCGACAGCAGCUCAUUAGGCAGAUACUCAGCAAACAGAUAGAUGAACAACGUCAGUAUCUGCAGAGAAUUUGGAGAGACGGGCAGAAAGGAACUGCAAAUGAGUAUGGACUGCCACCAAACUACAUCCCCAAGCAGCUGGUUUCAAUCAAUAAUAGCUGCCCAGCCCUGAAGAAUGUUUUUUUGCUGGAGUUCCACCCAUCCCUUAGUCUGGCCUCUGAAGUUCACCAGGCCGUGAGCCAGGCCUACACAGAGAUGUGCCAGCUAUACAGGCCCAGUACUGUUGGUCAGAGUGUGGCCCUGGAACAGAGACUCUUACAGCAGGCCCUGGAGAAAUGGCAAGCCCUGGAAUCUCCUGGGAGCUGCUACAGUUCACAGAUCCAGAAAGAUUUAUUUUCAGAUGUGUGUUUUGAAGAUCCAUUCUUUGUUCGAGACAUUGGUUUCUCAGUGAUCCAGACGGCUCAGGAGGAGGAGAAGAAACAGGGCAAAGAGAGACAGGCGUUUGUUGUGGAGACAUUUUGUAGACUGUUGGAGUUGGUCACAAUCCGCCAUCGCUUAAUGGAGUCCGCCUCAGAGACUGCACAGCUUUCCCAGCUGUACAGGAGCUUCGCUGAAGAGAUGGGUUUCGGGGAGUUCCACUUGUACCUGCGGCCGGUGCAGUUUGAGUUUGCAGUGCUGAAGGAGAAGGCCGAGCAGCCACCCCCACUCUUCAUCACGGCUCUGUUGCAGGAUGACAGCAGUGUGGACAGGUAUUCUCCAUCCACUCUGCUCCUGGGGAUCCAGGAGCUUGAUGAGAAACAGAUCGGGAAGUUCAGCUUUCGGACUGAAGAAGCUGUUGUACAACUGAUGAGUAUGUCUGGAAUACAGAACCUCCAGGUCACACUGGCUUGUCAGGUGACUCAGAAGAAUGCGCUGUUGAGUGCUGUCAAGCAGGCAUGUUUCUGCUACUGGUCACAUUCCCCAGUGUCUCUACAGGAAAAGCAGCUGCCCACAGGCCAGCCCAGCUCCUGGGCCGAAGGAGGCUGGACAAGCAGGAGCGAGUCCAGAGCCGGUGAAGAUCCAGAGAGCCAGCUCCCCGUGCCAGGCCUCUCCCCCACCAGAGCCAGCUACAGGCCAGGGGAGCAGGAAGCUUUUGUAUCUGUUCAGUUGGAAAAGUUGGGUCUCCGCGAUGAGAUGCUCAACACAUUUCUAAAAAGAAAACAAGCCAUGGGUACAAUAAUGAAGAAUCCUGAAGAAACAGAGAAGGUCAAGAGAGGCUUAAUUUUGGAAUUCUGUCAAAAGUUUAGUCUGCGGAUGUCCCAGUACUCUCUGCGUGGUCAGAUUGUUGAGUAUUACAGCAACCUGGCGGCACUACUGGAAGACAUCCCUUCCAUUCGGGAUUCGUUCUUCAUGGUCGGACAACCACACGAGAGGAAAGGGGAGAGGGACUGUGAGCGUGGCCUCAUUUCAGACCCCAGGAAUUUUCAGCCUCGGCCCCGAUGUUUAUUCUCUGCAGAUGGGAAGACUUUUCUCAACCUGUGGUUCAUCCCACACUUUUCGGAGGUCUUAAUGAUGUUCAAAUCUCUUGAUGAAUCGGCCUGCCACAGAGCUCUACAGCAGACCUUACAGAUCGUGGCAGCAUUCCACGACAUCGUCCAUUAUCUGGUCAGCUUUGCUCGCCUGGGAAAUGUCUCCGCUUUCUUCAGAAGGCACACACAGUUUACAGCCGACUGGGGAGGGACUGAAGGCAUUGGUGCUGAGCUGCGAGAGAUCCAAAAACAGAUUGACAAACUCCAUGAUCCAACUAGUCCGCAGGAAGUAGGCCAACUCCUGCUCCUCCGCAGGGAGGUCAUGUUCCUGCAGUUUGAUGCGGCUGUGCGCCAUCUGAUCAGGGAAGCCUUCCUUUCAGUGGGAAAGAGCGCAGCCUAUCAGACAGUGACUGACAACAUGAGCCACGCCUUGCCUGUGCUGAGCAACUGUGUGAGCCACAACCUGUACAGCUCCCAGAUCACAGUGCCUGAGCCACUGGAGCAGAUUAGCCACAAAGCGCGAGAUAUGUAUCCAUGGAGAAGUUUUCUUGCACAGUCCGGAUCAUUCCCCUUUGCUAUCUGCAGCGUUCUGCCCAUUGAGUACAACGUGCAGCUGUGCCUCAGUGGUCUCAGUGACCGCAGUCGGAAGGUGGCCAAUGGGGAGAUCCUGGGAGUCUCUUUGCUGAUGGAGGAUGUCCUGCAAAGCAGCCGGGAAGUGACCUUUGUUAGUCUGCAGGGCUGGGAAGGUGACAAAACCUGCCAAGCUGGUGAAGCACAGCAGAUUGCGAAAGCUGCUGGAGUAGAUGGAGGAGCAGCAGCGGACCCAGUGGAGAUGUACUCGGUGCUGAAGUCCUUCCUGCUGCUGUGGAAGCAGCUGGAGGUGCUGAAGGAGGCUUGGGGACGACAGCGGCUGGGAGUCCAACAGGUCAACACUCUUUCACUCUACAAGCAGUUCUCCAGGAUGUACAGAGUGGAAAUCCUGUACCCCACCAUGAGAGCCCUUGCUCGACAGCUGGGGAAAGAGGAGGAAUAUGAGAGGCUGGUCUCUGACUCCCAGCCCGUCCUCCCUCCUGUGGGAGCUUCAGAAGUGGACAUCAAAAAGCACCAGGUUCAAAAGCUGCUGGAAAGCCUUGAGAUUGAAAUGGUAUGCGACGUGCAGAAGAAGAUCACGAGGGAACUGACCAUGGUGAUUUCUGAACGAGCGAGGCAGGACACAGGCCUGCCCACCGAACUGUGGAAGUACCCAGCGAUGAAGCAAGGUUUUUCACCUGAGCGACCACAUAUAGUUGAAAAUUUUGUGCAGCAGCUGAUGGCGCAGAGUGAGGAAACUGAUGACGAGAGGCUGACUUUCUCCAGAGCCCAUUUGCAGUCAUGCCUUACAUCCCUGGCGUGUUCGGUGAUGGAGAGAGAGCGCAGGAACUUCGACUCCUACUCCAUGUUCUACGAGAACAUCCUGCAGCAGGAGACCCACGUGCUGUACCAGAGGGAGCAGGAUCUGAAGGCACUGGAGGACUCCCAGACCUGGGGUGAAGGGCCUGAUGCCCAGGUGGCCGAUCUGUGUCAGGAGAUGGUGGUGGAGAUCACCGCGCUGCGAGCCCAGGUGGCACACAUGGAGGAGGAGAGGCAGAGUCUGCAGCACCAAGCCCGCUCGCAGGUCCAGCUGGAGUAUGAGGCGCUGGUCCGAAACCUCUUCACUGCCUGCCUCAGCUUAAAGGCCAAGCUGGAUGAAUAUCACAUGAGAAUGGACCAGGAUGUAACUGAACUAGUCAGCCAGGUGCGCAGGGAAGGGGUGGACAACAUGAUCAAGCUGAAGAAGAAGUUUGGCUCCACCAAAGACGACGAGGCCCUUCAGGGAACAUUAUUGAUGCAAGAAAAGCUGCAGGAGCUGCGGAGGGAGAGCAGCCAGCUGGACGCCCUACUGUGCAAGAUGAAGGCCCUGGGGCUCUGGAGACACACUGUGAGCCAGGGCCAGCUCCGCCGCCAGCUGCUCUGCCACAGGCAGGAGGCGGCGCAGCAGAAGAAGGAGAGCCUGCGGCUGCGGCUGCUGGUGGAGGAGGAGGCCACCCUGCUGAGGCAGCAGCUCGAGGCCGCGAGGAGAGCGCUGUCCACGUGCCAGGCCGAGUACACGACUGUCAGCAAACGGCUGGACAAGCAGAGGCAGCUGCUGAGGGAGUCGGAGCACUGCGCCGCCCAGGAGGCGCGCAGCAGGCUGCACCUGGACAGCAUGAAGGCAGCCAACCUGGAGCGGCUGCAGGAGGACGUGGGGGAGAAGGAGCAGCAGCUGCAGGCGCUGGGGGAGCAGCUGGAGUGCAGCACCAAGAUGAGCCAGCUCCACCAGCAGAGGACAGACAAGGAGAUCCGACAGGUCAGAAGCCAGCUUUCCUUGGAGCGAAGCCUGAAACUUGAAGCUUUCCAGCGUGUGGAUGAGCUGCAGAGCCAAGUGUAUGACAUUCAGGGCGCCCUGUCCCGAAGCAGCUCCUCGACAGGCCAGAACAAGAGGUCGGCCUCUGUUUUGUCCAGGAGCGCUGGCACCAUAAGAAGCACAUUAGCAGGCUCUGCAAAGUGGAAUCUGCUGGCAUCUCACUCAGCCUCUGCCCUCCUGCAAGACCCCAGUAAGGACUGGCGCUCACCCGAGAACAGGACAGGAGAUGAUGUCUGCAGAAAUGGCACAGACACUCGGCUCCAGAGACCAAAAACUGGUCCCAGUCGGAUCAGGAGCCAGGUUACAGGGUCCCUGUUACCUGAUCUUGGAGAAGGAGGUCCUCACAGUCUCCUUAUAAAGAUGCGGGAGCUGAGACGAGACCAGAAAUAAGACGAGAAGAAAAGAAGUUGUGUGACACUGAGCAGGACCUCAUGCCCCCCCAGCCAGCAUUAAUGUUCUAUUGCAAGAAGUGGCGCCUGUCACUUUAUCUUCCAGAACGUCUCGUAAGCCAGCCAUUGCUCUAAUCGCCACUACUGCUCUGGGUUGAGGCUGUUUAUUUUUGCAGUUUAAAUGCAUAAUGCAUUUCUUAAUUCACAGAUUUCUCCAACAGAAUCACUGUUAAAUAGUCUGAGACUGUAACCUCAAUUUGUUUUCCCCAAAAUAGAGGAAUGGAAAAACAAAUGGACGUCUUCCAUAGGCUAGAACAGAUAGUGUAUUGUAGAUGGAUAACUGUGCUAAAAAUAAAUUAGAAUGGGUUUUG